GCUGCUCUUCCCUGUGCUUCCAGUAGGGGGAGAAGGAGAGAAAGCCCCACACAUACACACGCUGGCUUUCAGACACAGACAGGCCAGCUAACACACACAUGCACACAUCUGACACAAGCACACCGCACAACGCUCACACACAAUACACUCACAUGUACACUAACAUCAGUGCUACCGGCCGGCGCAUCGAUCCAUGAGGAAGGCCAAGGAGCAGCCCGCACUACAUUUAGAUGUGACACACAUAAAGAGCUCUGUCACAUUCAGACAUCUCUGACACACGCUUAUGUCACAUUCAGACCCAGAGUCGUGUCCUACACACAGAUACAAGUGACAGGCGCACGGCUGAAUCACACACACAGCUGUCACACAGACACGGCUGCUCAUUGCUCUCAGUCCGCCGGGAGCACGGCUACAGGAGGCAGCGCAUUCUGGUCUUUGAGCUGGGUGCCUGUGAUGAUCAUGUGAUUAAUGUGGAUCCUGUUACCCUGUGGGCUCCUCUUCAUAUCCUGGGGCAAUGCUCUACAGUGCCUGUCAGAAUGUCAGCCUGCAGCUCAUUCACAGAGCAUGUCUGGAAACCAGGGGAGUGCAAGAACUGCUUUCAGCCCAAGGGGCAGCACCAACUGUCAGCUCUUAAUAGGGGCAAUCCUGCACAGCCUCCUCCUCCACCACCCCCACCACCGCCUUACAGAGGGUAUCAUGCCAAGAUCAUCUCCAAUCAGAGGUCACGGGCAGCCACAGGGUUUAGACCCCCUGUGGCCAAAAAGCCUACCAUUGCUGUUAAACCCACCAUGAUGGCAGUUGAGGGAGCGUCUUGCCAGCCAACCCAUGGCCAAGCCAGAGCAAUUUUGCCUCAACAACCACCUCAAACCCAAACACAGGUUACAGUCUGUAGUGAUGAUCAAACAAAUAACAACACAGGUGCUGAGCCACGUAUUGCAAACAACAAUCUCAUGAGCAGUAGUGGACUAACAGAGGUGCUAAAAGAGAUUGCAGGAUUGGGGAGCACACCUGAUUACAGGCCUCCCCCAGAAACCACAACCCGUGAGAUUUUUCUCUGCAGGAUCAAUCAAUGUUACCGGCGUUCUCUUGAAAGAAAACCCUCAGCAAGCUGCCUCUCUGGAAGUCGUCAUGAUGUGGGAGAGGCAAAAAGAGCUGUGCGGCGAGUGGCAGUAUGUGGAGAAGAGGGGGCAGUCAUCAGCUGGGAUGGGGGACGCUUCUGUUACCCAGAGUUCUCCAGUGGUGACGAGAGCUGGGAUGAUGAAGGUGAGAUUGAGAGAGGGGAACGGGAGAGUUGGGAAGAGAGUGAUGAGGAACUCCUGGCCAUGGAAAUACGAAUGAGGGGACAGCCACGUUUCGCUAAUUUACAGGGGGGCAGUCUUUCUCCAGUACCUGGCCGUCCAGGUGGGAGAGAAAAGUGGAACACUGUGCCUUUGCGCCAAAAGUCAUUGCAAAGGGUUUGUGCUGUGGAUUAUGAUGAUAGUUAUGAUGAGAUUUUAAAUGGCUGUGAUGUGGCUGAAGACAGGACUGCUAUAUGUCCUUCACCUGAUCCGUCCAUGACUGAGUCUUUUUCCUGUCCCCCUUCUUCUUCCUCCUCCUCCUCUUCUUCUUCAGGGGGGUUAUUUUGUAAUGGUGAAGUAUUAUCAGAUAAAGCAGGACAAGAGGGUUCAGAAGCUGUCACACAAAGUGCAGUUCAGGAUUGUGGUAUGGCUCAAGCUAAGCCUUAUCGUGUUGUGAGUCUGGAACAACCAGUCUGUAAGCCUUAUACAGUGGUUGAUGUGUCAGCAGCUAUGGCCAGUGACCGGUUACAUCAGCCCAACACCAGGUUAAAGAAGGCAACUGCAACUCGUUACCAGGAGGUGUGGACAUCCAGUACUAGCCCUCGACAGAAGAUUGCAAAGAAUGAGGUGGUAGAGGAACCCAAACGUAGCUGCCACAAAUCUGCUCCCACCUCUCCUACCACUGGGUUGAGUGCCAACACUGUACCUGUCCGAUCACCAAACUUGUCAGAAAUUAAGUUCAACAGUUAUAACAAUGCUGGCAUGCCACCCUUUCCAAUUAUAAUCCAUGAUGAACCAGAAUAUGCUCACAGCUGUAAGAGUGCUGACAAAGUGCCUAUACUUAUUAAUCCUGGGGCCUAUGACAACCUUGCUAUAUACCGUAGCUUUGUGGGGGCAAGUGGGGUGUCUCCAAUUCCCCCUGAAAAAGAAAACAGAUCAACUAGUAGUGUUCUCAGCCACACAUAUGAGGAGAUAGAAACCCCAGCGAAAGGGCAGAAAAAGCAGGCUUCUUUCAGUGAAAUUACACAGGAGGUUAAUGGUUGUCCCAGAGAGAGUGCCAACCGGGUGCUUUCUCAGAUUGUGGCAUCCAUACAACCUCCACGCUCUCCUCCAGAGCCUGUCUCUCCUGAGUCUGCCAGUACUGAGAAACCAGCCUUACCAGAGCAACACCUUGAUCCUGAAUCUCCACAAGGUUCACUGGAAAGACCCAAGACGCUUUUUACCUCACAGAGUGAUAUGACAGGAACUCUCAGCUUUAAAAAGGUAUCUCCAGUGUCUUCCUCUGAAGUGAGCCCAACAACUCAUGGCACUAAUGAACCCCUGCCACCAUUUCCCCCUCCACGUUCAACUUCUUCUCCCUAUCAUGCGACCAUGCUGCAGAAACAUUUUGCAACAAGGGGUAAACCUGCUGGCGCCAAUCGCCCGUCACCAACUGAAUGUACGACACAACCUCGCCGACAGACAGAUGGAAAGCCACGCCGAUGGAUAUCUUUCAAAAGCUUCUUCAAAAGAAAAAAGGACGGAACUGGGCACAGUGCAGGAGAGGAGAGGGGGGAAGAAGGCAAAUUAUUAGGGCUGGAUGGAACAGUUAUCCAUAUGCUUCCACCACCACCAGUUCAGCGCCACCAGUGGUUUAGUGAAAGCCAUGGAGAACAUGGAGAGAAACCAUCUAUUGUGUUCAUCUGCCCUCACGAAGAACAGAAAUUAACCAGCUGUCAGAAAGAAAAAGAGGACACAGAGAACCAAUCUAGCAGUAUUCCUGAUAUUAGACCAGAACAAGAACCCACCUCGCCUAUAGGAACACCUCUGACAACACCAUCCCCAGAUGAGCUGCUUGUUGUGGGCGAUUCUCUGCAGACGGCAGAACCUGACACGCAGGCUCAAGGGGAGUAUGUACCUGCCUCUGAUUGCUCAUCUGAAUGCAGUCCUGGGGGAGCAACCUACAGCAACCUAGGCCAAUCUCGUGCAAACAUGAUUCCAUAUAAGCAACCUCGUCAGACACGAGGAGGUAGCCCACCACAAGAUCUAGAGUCCCAUCCCACUCCUCCUCCCCUUCCUAAGAAGAACUUGACACCUCGCCAUGCAACCCCAGAAAAAAGAUCUGGAGCUCCACUGAGUCUGGCAAACCCUACUUAUGACACAGAACGCAAAUGGGAGGCAGCAGGAGAUGAGUCAGAUAAUUCUCUAGAGCGGGCCAAAAGUUGCGGUGGACAGAUUGCUGAGUUGCAGGCUGAAGCUUUAAGGAGAUUUUUUGCCCGCUGUGAAGACAUCUUCAUGGCAGGGCAAAGAGAGCCUGUAAACUUUGGAAUAGAGAGCUGGCCUGAUUUUCGACUGAUUAGUGCAACAAGCUGCUGCCUGGCUGGAGAUGCUGUCUAUUACCGGGCAUCAUACGCAAAGGACCUUGGCAAUCUCUAUGCUGUGAAGAUCUUUCGCAACAAGUCCAAGCAGGCCCAAAGGGAAUAUUACCAUUGCCUGGCAGUACGUCAGGGUCUUUCGGAGCACUUUAAUAUCCAGCAGGACUGUGGGCAUUUUCUAGCAGAGGUGCCUGCACGCCUGCUUCCAUGGGAAGAUCCUACUGUUUCAGAAGAUGAGGAGGAGGAGGAGGAAGAGGAGAAAGACGGAGAAAAAGUAUCUGACUCUACAGAAUUCAAGGUGGCUCAAGACAAACAAAAGAAAGAGCCUGCAUCAGGCCACCAGGGAUCACUUGGAAAACGUCGGAGCAGAAUAGUGGUUAUUACACGAGAACCACCCAAGCAAACUCUAGCGGACUUUGUUCGUGAGGGUGAAGAAAAGCACCGCAGAGAGCCAGAGGCAUAUGAGCGCCAAGUAUGUUUGCUUCUCCUUCAGCUGUGCGGUGCAUUGGAGCACUUAAAGGCGCAGGGCAUCACUCACUGUGAUUUACGUCUAGACAACUUACUAAUUGUUAACUGCAAACCUGUUGUGAAAGGAUGCAGCUGCUGUUCUAGUUUUUUUACAGCAGAACAGAGUGACAGCAGUAUGGUGAUGGGUUCUUUGGAAAAGAGGGCAACACCAUCAUGUCCUGGUCGCCUCCUUCUUACCAACUUCAGCCAGGCGAAAUUGAAGAGCCAAGCUGCUUGGCGUCCACAGGGUUUAGGGGAUCCUUCACGGCUAGCACCAGAGAUUGUUGGUGCUACACAGUAUCGGCGCAGUGAUGAAUUUCAGACAGGGAUUCUGAUCUAUGAGAUGUUGCACCUACCUAACCCAUUUCAAGAUGGAGGGCUAAAAGAAAAAGAAUAUGCCGCUUGUGAUUUGCCGGUGUUGCCACGCCGCUCUCCCUAUUCCCAUGGCCUAGGGCGUCUUGCUGGAUUACUUUUGCAGCACAGCCCUUCAGAUAGGUUGCAGGUGGGGCAAGCUAAAGGGGCCUUACGUUGUCUGAUAUGGGGACCUCGAGAUGAGGUACUCCAAGGGCCAGGAGCUCUUCAUAAUUGGCUUGAGGUAAAGAGAACACUGUUGCUUAUAAAGUUGGCCGAGAGAUCGCUAGAGAAGGAGGGAGGGGUGACUUUGGAAGACUGGCUGUGUUGUCAGUACCUGGCAUUUGGCACAGCACGGGGACUAGCACAGGCAAUUCGGCUACUGGAACAUCAUUGAAAGUAAUAUUCUCCCCUUGUCAUACACCCUCCAAAGUGUGUACAAUAGAUGAGACUUAACACAACAGGCUCCGUUUAAGAAGCUUGAACUUUCAGUGUUAUACCACUCCCUCAGUGCACACUUGGGCAGUUGACAACACGCACAUGCUUUUUGCACUCUUAAAGCUCUUUGAGCCUCUUCCACAGACAUAUACAUUGCUUUGCAUGUCUCAAAUACCCCCAUUUUCUUGUCUUCUUCAUAAUGGACACUGAGACACAAGUCUAUAAAAUACCCACGCAUUUAUUAAUUUAGCUAAAUAAAUAUAGUGAGGUUAUUUACCAUCUACCCAUCCUAAAUCUAUGUCUAAAUUAAUUCCAUUGAUAAGUGAUUUUCAUAGAUUGGUUCCUAUACUGAGAGGAACUUUCUGUAAAUUUUCUAUUGCCAAUUCCUCUAAUGCAGGUGAAUGUAGGCAUGGAGCACUAUGAAUGUAAUGGAACCUUUCAUGGAGGGAUGGAUAUAUAGCACAGCACCCAUAGGUCUGCUUUUUAUUUAUCCCAAGUAAUGACAAGAUUUGAAGCCUUAAUGUUUAAGUCUGGUCGAUAUGUAAAAUCUUACUUGUAUGUAAGAUCCAUUGUUUCAAUGAGGCAUGUGUCUCUCUGGUCUUGGGUUACACUAGUGAAGGCUUCCAUCAUGGGAGGCAGUUUCUUAGCCUAGUUGCUGCUGCAAGCUAAUACUCAGGGCCACAAAAUAAAGUAAAAUCUCUUAAAUCCAUUGCUGUUGGGGCUUUAGUACCGGCAACAGAUAUAUUGGGUGCCAACUAUAUUUGUAAGCACAGAAUGUUGUUAAUUUAAGAGCAAAUACAGGAAGUAGGAUGUUUAGCAUUUAUACAAUUGGUUGCAAUUUCAGAUAGUACUAUAGCUUCCUUCAUAUUUAGAGAUUCCUUUAUAUAUUCUUCUGACUUUCUGGCCCAAACAUUCUAGUCCUGUUGCUAUCUUUUUCCAUGCACUUUGUAGGCUGGUCACAUCAUCUGUGCCUUGCCACUCCACCCCCUCUAUGAGGUUCCGAUCAGAGUGCUAAUGUGCUAAACUGACAGUGUUACAAUGAGGCACAUUCAUUUACACUAUAAUUUAUUAUUAUCAUAAUACUGCUAAAUAAUACAGGCUCCUACAAAUACCAAAAUAGCAUUCAGCUCCAGAUGAUGCUCAGAAUUUCCAGAAAAGGAGCAGCCAAUUAGGAUGAAGGUACUAACUUGAAUCACCUAUUGAAAUCCAUACCCGUUUACCUUUUCAUAUCUGUAAGAGACAUACGGAAACACACCUGUCAUGCACUCACGCUGAUUUGACACGCAGGCAUUCUGCCAGUCUAUGGAGGGAGGAUACCAGUAAUAGUAUUAAUAUAAAAUGUUUUAUUCUGAAUGCUUUUAAUACCAUAAAUCCAUAUUUAUAUUUAUACAAAAACAAACACACACACAGAAUAGAGAAACAAGUACCACAAGAAGAAUGUGUAAAUAUAUAUGUUGCUAGAAACCUUGUAACUGUUGGAUUGAUAUGAUAAACAAGUGUCACUCUAAAAAGUACAACGUUUCUGUUUCCCUCUAAACUGGAGUUGUAGGCUAAACCGUAUAAGUCUUGCCCCUGUCCAUGGAUCAGAUUUACUCCAGUAGAAUCAUACUCUGUAUACACAACAGCUUUCUGGGAACACUGAAGGUAAACAAGAAGGGGCUCUAAGCAGAGUAUUUUGCUGCAUUCAUAAUUAUCGAAAAUGUCUAUGCUGCUGCAGAAUUAAAAGGCUCAGCAAAACAUUUUUGUGUUGCUCUUGCAACUUUAUACAGUUAUUGCUAAGGGCUUACAAACCAUAGCUUUUGUAUCAACGUUCAAGGUAUUUUGUUAACAAAACUAAUUUGGCCAUCAUUCUAGGAAUAGGGCCUCUUUGCCACAGAGAUAAGGUGUGUGCCACUUCUAUAUACAAACUCCUGUGCGUAUAUAAGAGUAAUGGCAUACUAAAUUUUACAGUAGCCUUGCUUUAGGAGCCAGCAUUGGUUGAAAUGCAUACAGAAGACAUUGGCUUACCUCUUUACAUUUAUUAGAGGAUUCUAGUUGGAGCACUUGUUAGCUGUAAAAAAAAAAACACUUUUAAACAACAGAUUUCCAGUUCGUAUUCAUCAUAAAGAAUCAUAAAGAAUUUGGAGCCUAAUAUCAAAGACAAGCCCUUGGACUUAAUGAGCAAUAACAGGGGGUACACAUUAUUACAGUAGCUGUAAGUGACAUUAAUGUUUAUUCAUUGCUCCACCUUAAACAUUCCUGAUUUACUGGGAGCAGGAGGCACAUUGUAAUUAAUAGUUUGGCUGUCAAUGUGGCAUCUGAACUUUUCAGAUUUGAACUUUAUGCCAUUCUGUUAUGACUAUAGCUUUCUUGGACUAUAUUAUUGCAUUUGUCAGCUAUGAUAUUUGUCCCAGAAGCGAUGGUUAUAUCCUGGGUGCAUUACUGCCUGAGGUACAAAUCAGUGGUUGGCACCAUCUCUACAAGUGGUUUGAAAAUCUCUUGCUUUCUUUCUGUAACUCUCUCCGGUUAUGCUGUGGUACUCUCCCAUGGACAUAUUAUUGCAGUGUUAAUAAACCUGUUUUAUGGCAAA